AUGUUACAUGCAGAGUUACGUCAGGCAACAUUAUUUUUGAGGGCUGAAAACGAGAUUGAACUGGGGGUGGAGGAACAGGAAGCGAACGAAAAGCUGAUGGAAUAUGGCAAGAUAAUCGUGGAAGCGCGACCUAACGGUGUGGAAUUGCGUUGGAAACGCGUGGAAUGUGAAACAGAGGCAGCAGCAGCAGCGUCAAGACUGGGGUAA